GAGGGAUACUCUAAACCAUCGUUCAAGCCUGUGACUGCUGAGGAAGAGGAGCGGGGUAUGCGAGAGGUUCGAAGGAUUGCGGUUCCUCCUCACCGAAUGACCCCGCUUCGUAAUAGCUGGUUGAAGCUGUUGGAGCCUCUAGUCCAGCAUAUGAAACUUCAGGUCAGGAUGAACACCAAACGACGUUGUGUCGAGAUGAGACGUAGUGGUCCUGGGGCUGAGGUUAACUCUCUUCAGAAGGGCGCUGAUUUCAUGAAAGCCUUUAUGCUCGGCUUUGACAUUCAAGACGCCAUCGCCUUGCUGCGAUUGGAUGAUCUUUUCCUUGAGUCAUUUGAAGUGAAGGACGUCAAGCGGCUCACUGGUGAUCAUCUAUCUCGAUGCAUUGGACGCAUUGCUGGUAAGGAUGGUAAGACCAA